AUGCAGACAUUCGCCACUGCCACAGCCCGCCUGGUGUGCCAGGCCCAGCAGCAGCCCCGUGCCCGCAGUAGCAAUCGCAAGCAGCGAUCGCAUGCAGCGGGCAAUUCGCGCCCAGUGAAGCAGCGGAGCAAGCGCCGGGAGCAGGGCCGGGGCGCCGCGGGAGCCACGCUGCUGGCUGAGCGGGAGGUGGCAAUCACGGCUGCCCCAGCUGCCGACCGCCAGCCUUCUCCCUCCUCGGCGAAGCUGCCCGCCGUCAUUCCAGACGUCCUAGAGUUCCCGCCGCACGAGGAGGAGGCAGCGGCAGCAUCUCCCGCGGCUGCCACCACCUCUGCGGCCUCCCCCGCGGCCGCCACCGCCGCCGCCGCCGCCGCCGUGCGGGUGGCGGUCACCGUGCCCGGCUGCCACCUGCAGUUUGGGGAGCACCUGCGGGUGGUGGGCAACUGCCCGGAGCUGGGGGAGUGGGAUGCCCAGGCCGCACCCGCGCUCAUCUGGCACGAGGACGACGUGUGGAAGGGCGAGCUCACUUUACCGUCCGGUCGCCACGUGGCAUUCAAGCUUGUGAUCGUGCGGGGCGACGGCGUGACGCUGUACUGGGAGCCCGGGGCCGACCGCCGGCUGCGCGUGCCGCGGCUGGAUGCAGCGGCGGCGGCUGACGACGCGGGGCUGCUCGUCACCUGCCGAUUUGCCGACACGCGAGGCACGGUGGUGGAGUGCCCACAGCUGCAGGAAGCAGCGAGGGCGGCGGCCGCCCGUGUGGCCGCGCUGCAGGAGGAGCGCCAGCAGCUGAAGUCGGCGGUGGUGGCGUGCUGGCAGGAGGUGCAGGAUAGCGAGGAGCGGCUGGGCCUCCUUCGGCGGGAGGUGGAGGAGGCGGUGAUCCUGGAGCUAGCGGUGCAGCAGCAGGAGCGGCAGCAGCAGGCGGAGCGCGAGGCGGCGGCGGCAGCGACGGCCACUGCGGCAGACCCUGGGGAGCCAGGCAUCGCUCUGGCCGUGCUGGCGGCCAGCCUGCACUCGGUGAGGGAGCGGCUGUCCACCCUGCUGCUGCCCUCGGGCGCAGACCACCUGCAGCAGCACCUGCGCCGCAUGGCAGGCCCGCCAGCAGCGCCCAGGAGCGUGGCAAUGGCUGCCGAGGGCGGCGGCGGCAGCGGCGGCAAGUCCGCGGCCUCCCCGCCGCCGCCCGGCAUGGCCCGCAGCAGCAGCAUGGACCACUUGCCUCAGCUGGCGACCUUUGGUUCGGCCGCCAUCAGCAGCCACCGCACCGCGCCCAUCGCGCACGCUUUGCCUGAAGGCCAGGCAAGACGGCUGCCAGGAGGCGGAGGAUGCAGAGUGAUGCCGACCGGCUGGCCUGGCCCACCUACCAGCCAACGACGCCACACCACAACAUCACGCACCCUUCAGACGCACCUCCCACGCAUAAGACCCUCAGGAGAUCAUCCCUCCAGCUGGGGCCGCUCCUGCUGGCUGAUGAUCCACAACGACUGCCAAGUGGCCCAACCGUGCCUCAGUUUUCAAACGCCAUCACGUGGACCCCGUAGUCCAGCCCUCUUCCUGUUCCUUCCAUCCGUCCCCUUGUGCCGAUUUGUGCUUUUUUUGGCAGCCGCCAUGCCGGCUAAUGUUCUGUCCCCUUGA